AUGGAAGGUAGUGACUAUGAUCGAAAUGCCUUAGUCAAUCGGACAUUACCUCAGAUGCAACUGGCAAGCAGCUCGAGCAAAUCACCAUUCACUUCUCUUGAUACCAAAUAUAAUCUACCAAGCUUGAACCCUGCUACCGAAAGAUUUGCGGUCAAUGGAAAUGCCAUCAUCAGUGGAGGAGCAGGGACUUUAGCUUUACAAGGAACUCGUGCCCUUCUCGAGCAUGGUCUUAAUGGAGUAGCCCUAUUUGAUAUCAAUCCGAAUCCCGAAUCCCCUUCCAUAUCCUCCUUAAAAGCAGACUUUCCUGAUGCCAAAAUCUUAUUAAAGUCGGUCGACGUCACAAACACGGAAAAUGUGAAUCAAGCAGUUCAAGAGACGGCAACAGAGUUAGGAACUAUCGAUAUCUUAUGUUGCUAUGCAGGUGUUGUAGGAUGUGUACAUGCUCUCGAGAUAAGUGCGGAGGAAUGGAGACGUACUUUAGAGAUUAACACAACAGGUGCAUUUUUAUGUGCUCAGGCUGUUGCCAAGAAAAUGAUUGAUCAAAAAUCAGGUGGUUCAAUUGUUUUUAUUGCAUCUAUAUCCGCCCAUACCGUAAACUAUCCUCAGCCCCAAGUUGCCUACAACGUCUCUAAAUCCUCUUUAAUUCAUAUGAAAUCAUGUCUCGCAGCUGAGUGGUCUAGGUAUGGUAUCCGUACUAAUACUAUUUCUCCUGGAUAUAUGGAUACCGUUCUUAAUGAAGGUGCUGGAUUAGAAGAGGCCAGAAAUAUUUGGAAUUCAAGAAAUCCUAUGGGUAGGAUGGGUAGGCCAGAAGAAUUGAGCGGAGCUCUAGUACUCUUAUGCAGUAGAGCUGGGAGUUAUAUCAAUGGAAGUGAUUUCAUUGUUGAUGGAGGUCAGACAGUUUUUUAA